UGGCAUAUAUAAAACACACUAUUCUGAACCUUUCACUCUAGUCGCACUGAGAAACCCUAGAGAGGAACUUGCCGGAACUCCCCACCAUGACGUUCAAGCGCAGGAAUGGAGGUCGCAACAAGCACGGUCGCGGCCACGUCAAAUUCAUUCGGUGUUCCAACUGCGGCAAAUGCUGCCCUAAGGACAAGGCAAUCAAGAGGUUUCUCGUGAGGAACAUUGUUGAGCAGGCUGCAGUCAGAGAUGUGCAAGAGGCUUGUGUCUAUGAGCAAUACACGCUUCCCAAGUUGUAUGUGAAGAUGCAGUACUGUGUUUCGUGUGCUAUCCACUCUCAUGUGGUUAGGGUUCGAUCCCGCACUGACAGGAGGAAGCGUGAGCCUCCACAGCGAUUCAUCAGGCGCAGGGAUGAUGCACCAAGGCCUGGUCAGCCUGGUCAAGCUCCUCGUCCUCCCGUUGCAGGAGCUCCUAUCCGAUCCUAAGAGCAACCUAUGAAAAGGUCUUGAUGUUUUUGCUGAACUAAAUUAUAAGAAAAAUUUCUUUGUGGCUUAAUUUGAGAAUCAGUUUUGUGGAGGGAUAUUUUGUUUUAAAUAUUUGCUCUUUGGAUAUUAUAUUUCUGGUUAUAACUUCGCCGCUUUUAUGAUAGUGAAACCUGAUAUAUAUGAUGACUUUCAGUAAUUUGAACAUGGUAUCUGCCUUUAUAUUGCUUUAA